AAUCCUUAAUUCCCUCCAGCAAGCAGAUGGCAAGUGGAGGCGAUAAACCCUUUCUGCCAUUAGAGAUUAUCAUCAACAUUCUCAAAAGGCUUCCUGUCAAAUCCAUUGUUCGAUUUCAAUCUGUGUGCAAAGAAUGGAAACAUCUCUUCAAAACCCCAUCUUUCAUCGCUGAACAUGCCCGCCACUCUGCUCACGAUGACCCUUUGCUUCUCCUCUAUGGAUACGAUUACCAACGGAGGCGUCCGUCCUUAUGCUUGCUUAAUCAUAAGAUUGAAACCGUUAAAGUUGUUAGCAUACCAUCGAUCGAUUCCUUCAGACGUAGUUGGAGAAUCAUUGGUUCUUGCAAUGGUUUGCUUUGUGUCAAAGUCGAUCAUGAUAGAGGCAGGUCUCCUAGUCUUUGGUUGUGGCACCCAGUGAUUAAAAAGGUCAGAGAAAUACCCCUAACUUCGAAUGAUUUUUGGGACAUUUGCACAUAUGGAUUUGGGUUCAGUAGCACUGUUAACGAUUACAAGAUAGUGAGAUUUUAUAAUAAUGAGUCGCGUAAAAAGAAGGAAGAUCAGCGCCACCAUACCAUUGGGUAUGAUCGAGUGGAGGUGUAUUCAUUAAGCACAGGUUCAUGGAAGGAACUAGAAUUUGAAUUUGGGGCUAUAGAGCAUAUAGGAUUUAUUCCUCAAGCUGUCAAUGCUGAUGGAACCAUUUCUUGGUUGGGAUUAGGGCUUUCACCUCUACUAGUUUCGUUCGACAUAGCCACGGAAGUCUUUACAUUAACACAAAUACCAACUGAGUAUGGUACUAUGUUUGGGCUUGGUGUGUACGAUAACAAACUUGAGGUUCACUAUAUGAUUGAGGAGGAGUCUGGAUCUCAUUUCAUCCGUGUAAGGGUGAUGGAGGAGGUUGCUAUUGAAUCUGGGAAGACUUUGAGUUAUACUCAGAAAUAUACAAUUGGUCCAGUGUCAGAUUUUUUACGUCCCGCAUGUAUUUGGAGGAAUGAAAUAGUCUGCCGUAACAAGAAAAUUGAGGCUGAGGUGGAGGAUGAUCCAAGGUGUAUUCUUUAUCUGUUCAAUCUCAUUACUGGCGAAGGGAGGAAGUUCAACUAUUCAUGUGACUGUGACUGGUGUGAUAUUUUCACUUAUGAGGAGAGCCUUGUGUCUGUUUGGAACAUCCAGGUUGAAUAGCCUUACUCUGAAAUACGAUUGUUUCUACGUUCCAGAUUUCCUUUGUCACUGUAAUUUUUGGUGAAAUUUAAUCCACAAAACCUUAUAACCUCUUGGUUGUAUCUAUAAUCCUUGAAGUCCCUUUGAUCUGUGAUAUCGAAUGGAGAAGUUCAGUACUACUGUUUUCAAACUUUAUUUUAGCCUUUUAUAUAUCAUCUUAUGUUCAAUUUUC